AUGCAGAACUUUCGACCGGUCCGGCCUGACGAGGCUCGGAGAUCCGAAGUCAGCAGCCUGGGAUCGUUUUCUACCCGCGACUCUACGGCCUACGAGCUUGAACCACAGGGCCACUACCUCAACAACUCCAGCUCAGACGAACCGCAGGAAGUCCAUGUUCCCGAUGACGCGAGAGUCGAAUGCCAUGCUAAGACUCAUCUCCUCCAAACGGCAGAGUUCGUUCCCAGCGACAAUGACGAGAACUCGAGACGCAGCCAGUGGAGAGCCCUCGGGACGUUGGGCCUUUGCAUCAUGGUCUUCGGGACUCUCCUCAUUGCUGCGGCCGUCAUUCUCCUGGGCUGCUUUUGGCAGAUGUCGAUGCGUGCCAGAGAUGGCGAGAUCGUGCAUUCCCAGAUCUGGAAUCGCGUCAUCUUCUCGGACUGGGCGUCCAGGUUUGUCACCAUCACCGCGGCUGUGCUGCGCGUAAGCCUAGCACUUCAGAUGGGUGUUUUCACCGCAAUGAUAGCGUCCCUCAUGAUCGAAAGGGCCGGUGUUCCCAUCAGCUCAGCUCCGCUCAUGUCAAUGCUCAGGGCUGUGUCUGCUUCGCCAUACAAUCUCAUCACCUGGACGACGUUUUCUAUGCCUUGGCGGAAUAGACUCAUCUACACUGUCGCUAUUGUUGUUUCGGUUCUUUUGGUAGCCGGUUUUCAGUUCGCCUCAACAGCAUUACUAUCCGACUUCGCCGCAGUGAACGUGACUGCACCACAGACGACCGCCGAUGUGUCACUGUACGGCGAUAGCGACAUUAGCGGCUACGACCCCCUCCAGGGGUCGAAACUCUGGAAUUCGCAGCCAUGGACAUACUUCCGAUUUGCCGAGCACCCAAGAACACCUCGUAGCGAGCAGCUGUCUGAUCGCUACGAAGACACCGGGAGUAUUUUACGGGCACUUCCACCUUUUGAGGCCGAAACAAGCCGCAGUCGUUUGCGGAGAUAUCAGGGACCGGCGGCUGUUCUCGACUCAAGGGUAGUCUGCGUUCGACCCAACAUUACAGACGUCGAUGUCUCUCUCGAAGGUUAUAGCAGCGGGGGUGGUAGCGGCCAACCCUCUUUCGAGGAGUUCUUCGCAAGAGGCAGUUUCGGCUUUCUUGACGAUUUCGACGGCCUAAUCGUUAAGCCACCGUCCAGUUUCGACAGGUGGGCAUUCAGCUGCGUUGUGCCUGGUGGAGACACGCAGAAUAAGACGUGGGAUAUCUCGAUAUGCUCGCCCAGUAGUUACAGCAGUGGAAGUUUAUACCAAGGCUUGCCCGUACUUUCCAACAGCUCCUUUGGCGCCACCCAAAGCCGUUUGGGCACCGACAUCUUUCUCAUGUUUAAAAGCACUGGGUCAGCAGAAUCCUGGCGACAGAUUCUGCAACAGUUCGGAAAGGUGACUAUCACAGAUUAUGCAAGCAACAGCGCUGUUUGGGAAGCCGACGCCGCAAACUGGACAACAUCCACGGAUGGAAUAUGGGCACGCGUCCACCUGCCGGAGACAAAUUACAGCAUGUCGGUCAGCGCAUGUUUUACCACUCUGGGGGCCACUUUUCUCAACGUUAGCAUGUCUAGCGAGAGCAACGAGCCAGAGCCGAGCUUGUCCUGGGACAACGCCACUGCUCAAUUCAACGUCGAUGUCAUUCGAAACAGAUAUUCCACCCCCGGGAAUGGAACCCUUUCGAGCGACUCACGGGGCAUUCUCACGCUUGAUUCUUGGGAGAGUGAACAUGACGCUGAGAGAGUAAAACUUUCCGCCAGCUCUACUCGCCUGCCCUCCAUGAGCAAAUUUAAAUAUGAGGUUAACUUGUUGCCAUGCGGUACUCUGAAAGCAGGACCGACGGGCGGCGACUCUUCACGUGCUUUGCACUAUGCUCAUUCGACACUCUUUCAAGACGUCAUGAAGACGACCGGAAGCUUGGCGGAGGCUCUACAGGCAGUUUUGACAGUCACGCGGCAGAUGGAAUAUUACGAAUAUGUUCCUCAAUUUCGACGCCAAUGGUCAUCGCCGGCCUCGUACAUCAUGGCUGAAGAAAAGGUCAUGCCUGUUCAAUGGCUGGGGUUCAGCAUCGUCGUUGGCAUGGUUGGGAUCCACUUCUUCCUGCUCCUUUGUACAACAACGCUCUUCCUGACGCUUACACAAGCUAGUUGGAUAGGCAAUGUCUGGAUGUCCAUCAGCCAGGCUGUUUCAGCCGAGACUGAGGACAUCAUUCAGAAGUCUACCCGUAAAGACGACGAGGAGGUUGAAAAAAUGAUACGGGAAGCAAGCAAUAAGUCUGAUUCGGGACUGAGGAACCGGGUGAAGGUCCAGCGGAAUAAGACAAAUAAAAGACAUGAGAUCAUUUCCUUUUAG